UUAAAAGUAUUGCGAACAAUAAUUACUCUCUCUCUCUCUCUCUCUCGUUGUCUGCCAACAACAGCCGAGGACGACGACCGUAUCCACCACGACAACCGCUUUCGGCAGAGACGACGGCGAUCGAUUCUCGCCGUGUGGCUACUCGUCUCUUCUCUGCUUUCGAAUUGAUUUUUUUUUUACAAGCAAGCAAUCUCGGAGAAGACGAAGAAGGGAUUGUUUAUCGAAUUAGCUGAUCGCCAGAUUCUUAGUUUUGAUCUCGCCGAAGACUCAGAUCGCCUCCAGUUUCCGGCGAUUGGAUUGAGUAAGACACUAGGAGUCUCUGUUUCCCGUGGUUUUCUUCGCGAUUAGGUUUGCUGGCUUAGCAUUGUAAACCCCGAGAUUUGUGCUUCUGAGAGAAGGCGAUUAGGUUUAUGAGUGAAGAAGGUUUACUGAUAAUCCCAGGGUUUAGUUUAUAUCGGAGAGAGAGAGACUCAGUUUAGGUUAAGAAUCUCCUGGAUCUGGAUGAUUUGCGUCUGCGAGCUAGGGCUUUUUACGUUUGACUGAUCAUCAGCAACGAAAAUGUCGCUGGGAAGGUUUCUAUCUCUGGUCAGGGGAGACUCGGCUGAGUCACCUCGUGAGAUUACCACACACAGUAAUCUCAUCGGCGAGUCAGGUUCUAAUGGUUGGCUUAUUAGGUUUUUCGAUUCUGCCUUCUUCUGCGAGUGGAUUGCUGUUAGUUAUCUCUACAAGCACCCUCAUGCUGGUGUUAGGGACUACUUAUGCAAUAGGAUGUAUACGCUUCCUUUGUCAGGUAUCGAGAGUUAUCUCUUCCAGAUUUGCUACAUGAUGGUUCACAAACCGAGCCCUUCGCUUGAUAAGUUUGUGAUUGAUAUCUGUGCCAAGUCAUUGAAGAUUGCGCUGAAAGUGCAUUGGUUUUUGUUGGCUGAGCUUGAGGAUUCUGAUGAUAAUGAAGGUAUUAGCAGGAUUCAGGAGAAGUGUCAGAUUGCAGCUACUCUGAUGGGUGAGUGGUCUCCUCUUAUGCGUCCACAGAAUGAGGUUUCAACUCCUGGGAGCAAGAAUCAGGUCCUAAGUAGACUGUUGUCAUCGAAGCAGAAGCUCUUCUCGUUGAACUUAUCUCCGCCUUCCCAGAAGUCUUUGUCGUUCUCACCGUCGCCAGGGAGAAGCACGCAGGAUGAUGGUAGUCAAUUACCUUCUGAGGAUAAUAAGAUUUUUAAGAAACUUAUCCCAAGUCCUAAAGUUAGAGAUGCUUUGAUGUUUAGAAAGUCAGUUGACAAAGAUGAUGAAGAGAGUGAAAAGGAAGGAUUCUUCAAGAAGCUCAUGAGGGACAGCAAAGGUGACGGUGAUGAACCAACAUCUAACUCGGAGGGUUUCUUUAAGCGCCUUAUGAAAGACAAUAAAUCAGAAGACGAGGAGAUAACAAACAGUUCUGAGGGGUUCUUUAAGAGGCUCUUAAGUAGUAAAGGAGAAAAUGAGGAAUUGACAUCGAGUUCAGAUGGGCUGUUUAAGCGGCUGUUACGAGACAAUAAGGGCGAUGAAGAGGAACUGAAUGCAAACUCAGAGAGUUUUUUCAAGAGGUUAUUACGGGAGAAUAAAAACGAGGAUGAGGAUUCAAAUGCAAACUCAGAAGGGUUCUUCAAGAAACUAUUCCGUGACAGCAAAAACGAGGAAGAGAAAGGUCCUAAAGCAAUGGAUGAUGAGGACAAAGAUGGGUUUCUUAAGAAACUUUUCAAGGAUAAAUCUGAUGACAAAAGACAGGCUAAUGAAAAGAACGAGACGAAUGGAGCAGUGCUUGCUGAUGAUAAACCUGGUGAAGAGGAUGAAAGGGAGGGUUUCUUUAAAAAGUUCUUUAAGGAAAAGCCUGACGACAAGAAAGACAUUGUCAAAGCUGAUGACGGGAAUGAAAGCGAGGGUGAUGAAUCUCCAGAAUUUUCUCUGUUCAAAAGAUUAUUCCGUAUACACCCAGAAGAUGCAAAACCUACUUCAGAAAAUGGAAAUACCAGCAAUGGCUUAGCUGAAAGCAGUCCUGGGACAGAGAACUUUUUCCGUAAAUUGUUUAGAGAUCGUGACCAGUCUGUUGAAGAUUCUGAGAUAUUUGGAUCAAAGAAACACAAAGAGAAGCGCCCAGGUUCACCUAGACAGCGGGAUGAUACUCCAUCUGGUAAGCCCCCACUACCAAACAAUACCGCAUCACACUUCAGGAAAGGGGCUUACCAUGAGUCGUUGGAGUUUGUACAAGCGUUAUGUGAAACAUCAUAUGGCUUGGUAGAUAUCUUUCCCAUUGAAGAUCGGAAGAUUGCUCUUCGGGAGUCUCUUGCAGAGAUUAACUUUCAUUUAUCUGAAGCUGAAAUCACCGGAGGAAUUUGUUUUCCAAUGGGGAGAGGAGUUUAUCGUGUUGUUCAUAUUCCUGAAGACGAAUCCAUUCUUUUGAAUUCUAGGGAAAAAGCGCCGUACAUGAUCUCCGUAGAAGUUUUAAAAGCAGAAACACUCAGUGCUAAAGAUACAUCUAACUCCCAGAAGCUUUCUAAAGGUGGCAUUCCAUUGGCAAACGGGGACGCAUUCUUGCAAAAGCCACCUCCAUGGGCUUAUCCACUGUGGACAACUCAGGAGGUUUAUCGCAACAGUGCUGACAGAAUGUCGCUAUCCACUGCCCAAGCAAUUGAUCAAGCAAUGACUCCCAAGCCAGAGGGGAAGGUGAAGCUUGUCAAUGUGAGCCUCUCAGUGGAGAAUUGUACUUCAGCUCUUGAAUCACUGAGUGAUCCAUUUGAUGAUGUUCUGUCUGAGGCCCCAAGAACUGGUCUGAACACUGAUCUUGAGUGGGUAAGGGUGGUCGUGACGGCUGACCCAGGACUUCGAAUGGAAAGCAUUCCUGAUCCAGCAGUCCCACGUAAAAAGGAACAUCGUCGUGUUCCAAGUACUGUUGCCAUGGAGGAAGUAAGGGCUGCUGCAGCGAAGGGAGAGGCACCUCCAGGCCUUCCUCUCAAAGGGGCUGGUCAGGAGGAUUCGUCAGAUGCACAACCAAGGGCCAAUGGUGGAAUGUUAAAGGAAGGUGAUGCCUUAUCAGGUGAACUUUGGGAGGAAAAGCGAGAGAGAAUUCGUAAAGCUUCAAUAUACGGAAAAUUACCUGGUUGGGACCUGCGUUCUAUCAUAGUGAAGAGCGGUGAUGACUGUCGGCAGGAACAUCUUGCUGUGCAACUCAUUUCUCACUUUUAUGACAUAUUCCAGGAAGCAGGUCUACCCCUCUGGUUACGUCCUUAUGAAGUUUUGGUUACAUCUUCGUAUACUGCCCUUAUAGAAACAAUUCCAGAUACGGCUUCUAUUCAUUCUAUCAAAAGUAGAUAUCCCAACAUCACGAGCCUACGUGAUUUCUUUGCUGCAAAGUAUAAAGAAAACUCUCCUAGUUUUAAGCUCGCCCAGAGGAAUUUUGUUGAGAGUAUGGCCGGAUAUUCUUUGGUCUGUUACCUUCUGCAGAUAAAAGAUCGUCAUAAUGGAAAUCUUCUCUUGGAUGAAGAUGGUCACAUAAUACACAUUGAUUUUGGUUUUAUGCUUUCGAAUUCUCCUGGUGGUGUGAACUUUGAGAGUGCUCCGUUUAAGUUAACACGUGAACUUCUUGAGGUCAUGGAUUCUGAUGCCGAUGGGGUUCCAAGUGAGUUCUUUGACUAUUUCAAGGUGCUAUGCAUUCAAGGAUUCCUUACAUGUAGAAAGCAUGCCGAGCGAAUUAUUCUCUUAGUUGAAAUGCUACAGGACUCUGGUUUCCCUUGCUUCAAAGGUGGUCCACGGACCAUUCAAAACCUAAGAAAACGAUUCCAUCUAAGCUUGACCGAAGAGCAAUGUGUCUCUUUGGUGCUCUCUCUCAUCAGCAGUAGCUUAGAUGCUUGGCGAACACGGCAGUAUGACUACUACCAAAGGGUCUUAAAUGGAAUAUUGUGAUGUUCCAUUAGCUAUUUCACAGAGAGAAACCUGCAUAACAAGGAGUAAAACCCAAAACAUACAUUGGUAUGUUGGGUUAAAACGCCUAAUGACCAUAUGCGUUUUUGAGGAAAACCCUUUUGUCAUAGUUGUAGCGAUCAGAAUCCUUCCUGAGGCAGAAAAAGCCUUUCACCUGAAGAGAAGCGAUCAGCGUGUGUGCGCCCACGCGUGAAUGGUAGAAGAAACUAGUCACACGUGUGACUCACACGUAGAAGAGAGAAAUCACACUCUGUACAGAAUGAUUUUUUGCUGAGGUUUGAUUGUUUAUCUUUACUUUACUUACUUACUACUUGCAGGAGAAAAGCAAAAAGGCAAAAGCCUAUCUUACUUCCAAAAGUUUUUAAACAAAACCCUUUCAGAGAGAACAAGAAAGGGUUUUAUUUUUAUUUUGUUUUUCUCCCCUAGUGAAAACUGAUGAUGUGAUAUUAUUGUAUAAAUUGUGUAUUAUCUUUUGUUAAGUUA